AUGAAAAAACUUUUAGUACUUAUUCAAAAUGAUUGGAUUGAAUAUAAAAAUGGACCAGAAUCAUUGAUACUCAAAAAAUAUGCAAAAUUUUCAAAUAAAUUAACCCUCAUGUAUUUUGGUAUUAUUUGGAGUACAAUGACACCAUUUUUAACAAUACCACUUGUACCACUUAUUUUUAAUAUUUUUGUAUCUCAAAAUAAUAGUAUUCAAAGACAACAUUUGUAUGCACAAUAUGAAUAUGUUUUUGAUAGUGAUAAAAAUUAUUAUCCAGUAUUAAUUCACAGUUACAUUGGAAGUUUUGCAUUUAUAAAUGCUGUUGUUGCAAUUGACGCUAUGAUUACUAUGUACAUAGAACAUGCAUGUGCAUUAUUUUCAAUUAUUGGAUAUGUUAAAUUACUGGAUAAUGCAAAUUCAAUAUCAUAUUUUUUCCAAUUGGGUAUUGAUAUUAUAUGCCUUAGUUUCACUGGGUUCCAAAUUGCAACAAAAAUUGAUAACUCACCAGAUGCUGCAAUGAGAUUUGCAGCAUAUUCAACAUCACUUUUAGUUGUUUUAUAUUUUUUAAGCUAUCCAGGACAACAAUUAAUUGAUCACAGUCUAAAAAUAUGCCACAAUAUUUACAAAGCAAAUUGGUAUUGCACAUCUUUGAGAACAAGAAAAUUAUUAAUUUUCAUGGCAAUGCGAAGCUCAAUACCGUGUCAAAUAACAGCAGGAAAAUUAUAUGUUAUGGAUAUUACAUCUUUUAAACUGGUUGUUAAAACAUCCAUUUCUUACGUUAUGGUUCUUUUGUCCGUACAAGAAUAA